GAUCUUUUGGCGCUUUAAGAUUGUGAAUUCGGAGCGAGCCCCUUAUCUUUUCCCUUUUAGUCCUCCAUCGCCGAUGGGAUCCGCCUCGGCUGCCUCCUCCGCCAAGCCUCUCUUCUCUCCUGCGAUCCCCCGUUUGAGAUCCCAGAAGGGCCCUCGUACACUCGUCGUGGCCGCCGGCGGCAUUUCUAGUGCUGUCUCUGAGGCCAUGGCCGCCAAGUGGGCACAGAAGACCGUCGUCGUCCCUGCUCAGAGGCGCGGAUGCCAUCUCAUCACCCCCAAGAUUGUUGAAGAGAUACAACAAGAUUUGUCGGGCUUCAAAUGCGGCCUUGCUCAUCUUUUCCUGCAGCAUACAAGUGCUUCUCUCACCAUAAAUGAGAAUUAUGACUCUGAUGUUCAGAGCGACACUGAAACAUUUCUGAAUCGGAUUGUGCCAGAGGGUCGAUCUGCACCGUGGAAGCACACAUUGGAAGGACCUGAUGAUAUGCCUGCCCAUAUAAAAUCAUCUAUGUUUGGGUGUGCCCUGACGAUUCCUAUUACUGAUGGUCGUCUGAACAUGGGAACUUGGCAGGGAAUAUGGCUCUGUGAACAUAGAGAUCAUGCAACCCCUCGAAAAAUUGUCGUCACCCUUAAUGGUAUGUAGUUUACAUAAACUGUCGUCACCCUUAAUGGUAUGUAGUUUACAUGAGAACCAUUGAACAACUCAAAAUUAUCAUCGUAGCUCUAAUAAUGGCAUGUACUUUGACUGAAAGAAUUUGAAUUUUAAUUGAAAUGCCUCAACUAGAUUUGUGGAUUGGUUUGCUCUA